ACGGUGGUGUUCGGGGCGUAUCUGAUCGCUCAUGGCUUCUUCAGUGUGUAUAACAUGGGUGUGGACACACUCUUCCUGUGUUUCUUGGAGGAUCUGGAGCGCAACGACGGCAGUGCAGAGAAACCCUACUUCAUGUCCAAGAACCUGAUGAAGAUCCUCAAUAAGAAGAACAAACAGCCCAAGACAUGAUGAUGAUGAUGAAGGUCUUCCUCCUCUCAUGCACCGUCACUUUCAAGAUCCCAAGACACUUUUAAACAUCAUUAUUCCCCAUUUACACUUUAUUUUUAGAGAUGUUAUCGAGCCUCGACGUCUCAUGAGUUCAUUUAACUGAUUUUACUGAAGAAGUGCCUGUGAAUUUGUGUGAUUUUAUUUUGUGCUUGACACACUUUGUUCAAGAAACCAAACUGAGGAUGUUUGCAUGUGAAUGAUGUCAGUGAGCCAAAGGCUUUUAUUGGGUUUAGUUAUUUUUAGUACGAUAUGCACAGUGAAACUAUAUUGCGUGUAUAAUUGCCUGUUUAUAUGCAGAUUAAUAACUAACAAAAAGUUCUUCCAAAAUUAAAUUACUGUAUGGUUUUUAAAGCCACGUUUAUUUUUAUUUUGUAAAAGAAAAUAGUCUAAUAUAAGAAACUCCAUAAGCAUGAAGGAAAGAAAGCCUUAGUUUUGAAUGUUUUAUAGUUACAGUAGUUCAUGCUCGUUUCACACUGUUUUUAUAUGGUUUUUAUUUUGGUUGUGUUUGAUUUAGUGUAAACUGGAAAUAAACAGUUUAUUUAAACUCUCGUAAGUAUUUAUUUAAACACAUAGAUUAAUCUAAUAAAAAUGUUGCACAUUA